CAUUCCUUUAUUACAAGUUGUAUUGCACUUGUGCCAUGCAAUCUCUCUCUAAAUCUCUCUGCUUCAAAUUUGUUGCAAGAAUGUGCUCUUGCUUACUGUUUUCCAUGUAGUACAAGCUGAAAAUAAUGCUCAGAUUUUGAAUGAUAAAGCAUCCCUUGUACUGUUCAUGUCUAGCAUAAUUUCUGACCCUAAACAUGCUUUGGAGAGUUGGAAUUCUUCUGAUAUUCAUGUGUGCAACUGGUUUGGUGUAAAAUGUGACAAGAAUAGAAAUGAAGUUUUAGAGCUUGAUCUAAGCCAAAGGUCUCUGCAUGGCACCAUUUCACCAGCUCUUUCGUCUUUUUCUUCCGUAGAAAUUCUCGACUUGUCCUGGAACUUCUUCGAAGGCCUGAUUCCGACUGAGAUUGGAUCCUUUAUCCGGCUCAAGCAGCUAAGUUUAUCUUCGAAUAAUCUUGAAGGGACGGUUCCAAGUGAGUUGGGAUCUCUUCAUCAAUUAGUAUAUCUUAAUUUAGGAAGCAACCGACUCACCGGAGAAAUUCCUACGUCGAUUUUGUGCAAUGGCUCUUCUCCUCUAGAGUAUAUAGACCUUUCCAACAAUUCACUUAGUGGUGAAAUCCCUUUGAAGAAUAAUCAAUGUGGUCCUGGAGAUUUAAAGUUUCUUCUUCUUUGGUCAAACCAACUUGUAGGAGCAUUUCCUCAAGCCCUUUCAAAUUCCUCAAAACUAGAAUGGAUUGAUUUGGAAUCCAAUUUUCUACGUGGAGAGUUGCCUUCUCAUAUAGUAAGUGAAAUGCGACAUUUGCAAUUUCUUUAUUUGUCCUAUAACAAUUUCUCUAGCCAUAAUGGUAACACUGACCUCAAACCCGUCUUUGUUUCUUUAGUUAAUUCCACGAACUUGUAAGAACUUGAUUUAGCUGGAAAUAAUCUUGGUGGAGAGUUACCAUCUAUUCUUGGUUCCCUUUCUACCAGUUUUAUACUGAUUAAUCUCGACCAGAACCUUAUUCAUGGUUCAAUACCUCGAGAGAUUUCGAAUCUUUAUAACCUCACUCUCUUGAACUUGUCUAGAAAUUUUCUCAGUGGUUCAAUACCAUCUGAACUAUGCGAACUGGGGAAACUUGAGAGACUAUAUUUGUCAAAUAAUUCACUCUCUGGUCACAUUCCGUCUGCGUUUGGAAACAUUCCCCAUAUAGGCCUUCUCGAUUUGUCAAAAAAUGAGCUCUCCGGUAUCAUCCCGGACAGCUUUGCUAAACUUCCUCAGCUAAGACGACUUUUGCUUCACGAAAACCAGCUCUCGGGAACCAUUCCAACAAGUUUAGGACAGUGUGUUAACUUGGAAAUUCUGGAUGUUUCUGCCAACAGGAUUUCAGGGACAAUUCCUGGUGAAGUUGCCGGUUUGAGUAGUUUAAAAUUGUACUUAAACUUGUCCAGAAAUCACCUAAAAGGGCCUAUUCCUCUUGAGCUUAGUAAAAUGGACAUGGUUUUAGCUAUUGAUUUAUCAUCAAACAACCUGUCCAGUACAAUCCCUUCACAAUUUGGAAGCUGCAUUGCUCUCAAGUCCCUCAAUUUAUCGAAUAAUUACUUCGAAUGAGCAUUUCCAGCAUCAAUCGGCAACUUGCCUUAUCUGAAAGAACUUGAUGUCUCCUCCAAUAAAUUAAUUGGAGAGAUCCCGCAAUCACUGCAGGCAUCAUCAACUCUAAAGGAGCUUAACUUUUCUUACAACAGAUUUUCUGGAAACAUAACGAACAAGGGAUCAUUUUUGUCGUUAAGCAUCGAGUCUUUCCUGGGAAACAAUGGGAUUUGUGGUUCAAUACAAGGUAUGAAAAAAUGCCCGGAAACAAAGAGACAUAAAUUGUUGAUGGCAAUUCUCCUAUCAUUAGUCAUUACUCCCAUUUUCUGCAUUGUGGGAUAUCCUCUACUACUCAGGCGAAAAUUCCGAAAGCAACUGGUAGUGUCUAAUGCUAAGGCCAUCCAAGAUGAAGAAGAAGGUAUAAAGGAGAUAAAAUACCCAAGAAUUUAUCACCGGGAGCUAGUCGAAGCUACCGGAGGAUUCAGUGCUUCGAGCCUGAUUGGCUCAGGUACAUUUGGGCGAGUUUAUAAAGGAGUUUUGAAAGAUGGCACAAGAAUAGCUGUGAAAGUACUAUAUUCGACAGCUAGAGAAAUUUCGGGGAGCUUUAAGAGGGAAUGUCAAGUCCUUAAAACGACUAGGCACAGAAAUUUGAUCAGAAUCAUAACGACAUGUAGUACAGAUUUUAAGGCUCUUGUUCUUCCAUUAAUGCCAAAUGGAAGCCUUGAAAAUCAUCUGCAUCCAAGCCAUGGAUUGGAUUUGGUUCAGUUGGUGAAUAUCUGCAGUGAUAUAGCCGAAGGAAUGGCAUAUCUUCAUCAUCAUUCUCCUGUCAAAGUAGUGCAUUGUGAUCUUAAGCCUAGCAAUAUUCUCUUGGAUGAUGCUAUGACAGCUUUUGUCACUGAUUUUGGUAUUGCAAGAUUGUUGAAGGGUGCUGAUGAGAAUGUUUCUGUCUAUGAUUCAGCUUCCUUUGACUCUACCGACGGUUUGCUUUGCGGCUCAGUUGGUUAUAUUGCUCCCGAAUAUGGAAUGGGAAAAAGGGUUUCACCACAAGGAGAUGUUUACAGUUUUGGAGUUCUUCUGCUAGAGAUUGUGACAGGGAAAAGGCCGACAGACGUACUUUUUCAACAAGGUUCAAGCCUGCACGAAUGGGUUAAAAAUCAUUAUCCAAGCAAACUCGAGCCUAUUGUUGAAGAAGCAUUAGUGAAGUAUUCACCAGCACAAACCCCCAUUCCUCCUUAUCAGAGCAAUAUAUGGAGGGAUGUAAUAGUGGAAUUGAUUGAACUCGGAUUAAUCUGCACACAGUACAAUCCUUCAAUUAGACCAACAAUGCUGGAUGUAGCCCAUGAUAUCAAUAUCUUUCGAGUAAAUCUUCGACCCUAAUGACUGAAAAGGUUCCAACAAACUAAAGAAUUUGACAGGUUUAGGGUGAAAGAUCUCUUUCUUUCUUUCUUUUUUCAUUGUUGUCCACAUUUGUUUCAUUUUCUUUUGCUCUAAUCUGAAUCAUUACUUCAGGAGGGAUACAUCAAUUUCAUUUAAUACAGUAAUUUUUCGGGUUUGCUCCAUUG